ACCCUUUAAACCGGAAGUGUUUGCCCUAGUGGAACGGCUGAACUGCUUACACGUGUGUAGCCGUCAGAGACGCGUUUUAUCCGUCAACAGCUACUCACAUGACAUUGAAUUAUAAGUUUACAUGUAUGUGGUCAUGCAGGUACAAAACGUCAUAAAUUGUAAAUAAUAUAGUUUGUAAAGAUUUUAAACAACGACCUCAGGAGUCAAAUCAGCUAGCGGCCAAGCUAGCAGACGAGACCAAGGUUUAGCAAGGCACUGCAUCUCCUAUGCAGCAAUGGCUGAUGCAUUUAGUAGCAACUCGGAAACGGUAAUUCAGCGUGUGGUAGACGUAACAGUGAAGACAAAUACCCCUCUGGAAAAACUUGAAGAGUUGUAUCAGAUUAAAAAGACUUGCGACUUCAUCAGUGAGCGUCAGUUUGAAAAGGUUGCUCUGCAGUUUCCUGACGAGCUGCUGGUGGAUUCAGUUGCAGUAGCAGCGGAGAUUGAGAGAAACUGUAAUGUCAAGUCGUUCGUUUUGGGAGAUACAUCCUAUGGCAGUUGCUGUGUGGAUGAGGUAGCUGCAGAACAUGUUGGAGCCGACUGCAUUGUGCACUAUGGCAGCGCGUGCCUCAGCCCGUCUAAAAGACUGCCAUUGAUGUACGUCUUUGAGAGAAGACCGGUGGAUCUUGAGAAGUGCACUUCUGCCUUCAGAGAACUCUACCCUGACAUGCACAGUCACAUCAUCAUCCUCUAUGAUGUCAACUAUGUUCAUGCUAUAAAUGAUCUUCAGACACUCCUUUCGCCAGAGUAUCCAAACCUUGUCAUCUCAGAACUUGUUGUCGAAGGGGAGCAGUGUUACAGUCACGGCCGGAUCAAAAGACAACAUGACACCUGUCUGUCAGAGCGAGGAGACAACCAGGUUAUUCGUCAGUUUGGAAGGCAGUUCUCCUUGAAAAGCGGUUUAAGCAUAAAGGAUUACAGUAUGUUCUAUGUAGGCCAAGAGGGAGCGACCCUGAGAAACUUCAUGAUGACUUGGAAUCGCUGCUCAUUUUGUUCUUUUGAUCCCAUAACAAUGAUUGGGAGGACUGAGUCAAUAAGUAUCAACCGUGCACUGAUGAAGCGAUAUUACGCUAUAGAAAGGGCCAAAGAUGCCAACGUGGUUGGCAUCCUGGUUGGAACACUCGGGGUGGCAGACUACCUCACCGUCAUCCAGCAGCUGAAGGAGACCAUCAGCAGAGCUGGCAAGAAGAGCUAUAUGUUUGCCAUGGGCAAACUGAACGUGCCCAAACUAGCAAACUUUCUGGAAAUUGACAUUUUUGUGUUAAUUGCAUGUCCUGAGAACUCACUGCUGGACUCAAGUGAGUUCUAUAAACCUGUUGUAACACCAUUUGAGAUGGAAGUGGCCUGCAACAAGAAGAGGGAGUGGUCAGAGGAAUAUGUCACAGACUUUCGACAACUCCUGCCAGGGGGACAGAGUCAUGUGCCUUUGGCUGAUCAGCAGGAGGAGGGCGAUGAGACUGACAUGUCUUUAAUCACAGGAGCGCUGCGAAGCCAGAAUCUGUUGAUCAGUGAGCCUGCAGAGUCCUCAUGUGGCUCUUCCGUGGUCCUCAGGAACCAGAUGCUGACUGUAGCCAACACCAACUCCGCUGCAUCUUUCCUGGCGGAACGAAGCUGGCGUGGCUUAGAGCAGAAGUUGGGAGAGACACCUGUGGUGAAGGCAGUGAAGGGCAGGAGAGGCAUAGCUAUUGCCUAUGAAGAGGAAGGAACGUCUUCAUGAUAAUUUACCAGUAAUCCAACAGAGUAUUUAAUCAUAGGACCAAAUCAUAGGUUACAUUCUGUGAUCAUAGGUUACAUUCUGUGAUUCAUUAAGUAAUGCGAAAAUAAAAACUGAUUUGGUCCAAACAUUACAACUUUUAGCACUCGUCCAAAGGUAUUGUGACCAUUGAUAUUUUAAUGAUGUUUAAAAGUAAUAUUAAUAAAAAAUAUACAAUUUA